GCUGAAUUAAGUAGAUGACUGAAGACUUGCAGUGAAAGGCGCAGCAUGCGGCGAUCAGGGGCUCCCAGUCAGCUGCAUGGAAAUGUGGCCAAAAGGCCCAGGUUUGUUCCUCCUGGGGCCACCCCGACCAGCCUCGCCCCCAGGCCCGAGCCACAGACCCUGCCCCCCCAGCUCGCUCCCUCCAACACACCCAACAAGGUUAGGAGUGCGCUUUCCAAGAGAGAGGAAAGAAAGAAAGAUGAAGCCCCUGUCCUUUCGAAAGCUCUGGCAAGAAUCCUAAAUGCCGUCCCACAGAGGGAAUCCAAGGAGAACUGUACUGAGCUACAGGGUCUUGCCUCUUUACCCUGUGAGGAAGCACGCCCCCCAGAGGACAGAGUCAGCACUGCCAGGUCGUCCAAUUUCACCCUCUCGGAGAAGCUGGAUCUGCUGAAGCUGGUGAAGCCCCACAUUAGGAUUCUGGAGGAGCACACCAACAAGCAUGCCGUGAUCGUGGACAAAAACAAGUGCUGGGACAGCAUCGCCGACCAGUACAACGCGCUGGGGGGGGACCGCCCCCCCCGGACGGCACAGGGCCUUCGCACCUUGUACAAGAGGCUGAAGGAGAGUGCCAAACAGGAAAUGGUCCAGAGGAAGCAUGCCCAGCCCGAGUACCGGGGCAGCAUCUCUGAGCCCACCAAGAGGGUCAUGGAGAUGAUCCCUCACCUCUUCCACCCCCUGCAAGAGAAGGAGCACAGCGCCAUGCACAGGGUGUUCUACAAGCACGAUUCGCCCAUCGAGCAGCCCGGGAGCAGCUCCUCCCUCCCACCCCUGUCGGACUACCAGCCGGCCGCCGUGGCGGUGCAGCUGGACCACGACGUGGACGUCAAGCCCCCGCCCGACCUCACCAUCCUGUCCACUCGGAUCGAGGGCGACCGCGAGGACGAGGACAUCGGCUCCGUCCAGGGCUUCGACGGCUCUAUCUCGCCCUGCCCGUCCUCGGUGAACCUGGCCAUGUCGCCCUCGCCCGUGCCGCUGCGGCGGGACCUGUACGCCCGGCCCGAGGGCCUGCGGCACCUGGCGGGCCUGGAGCAGGAGACCCUGCAGCUUUCCAAGGAGGAGCACGAGCUGCUGAUGGACAACCAGAGGAAGAUGGGGCUGUACAUCGAGGAGAAGCGCGAGGGGCUCAAGAGGAAGCAGCAGCUGGAGGAGGAGCUGCUCAGGGCCAAGAUCAAGGUUCCAGCUGCCCUCCAGAGGCCGCCCGGCCGCAGCAUCCCAGGGGGCCCGCGGUACUUCAGCGUGGUGUGGUGCAAGGCCUCCAAGAAGAAGCACAAGAGGUGGGAGGGGGACGCGGUGCUGGUGGCCCGAGGGCGGAGCGUCGUGCUGAAGGACAUGGAGGGCAGGGACAUCGGGCGAGGGACCGGCUAUAAGUCCUCGGAGCUGGAGAGCCUGGAGGAGGGCCAGACCCUCAUGGUGGGUGGGAAAGAGAUCGAGGUUAUGGGCACCAUUUCGGCAGAGGACUUCAGCAGUGGCCGCUGCUUCCAGGAGGCUUCAGCGGGGGCAGAGACGGCUCCCGCGGCGGUGCCCAUCACCCGCCCCAUUUUCAAGCCCUUCUGCAGACCCUCACUGAAGGGCGUGGCGGAGAGCCAGAGGGCCACCGAGGGCCCGGUCUGCACACCUCGACAUGACCCACAGGCUCCAGGAGCCUUGGUCAUGCCCCGACCGUCCGAGAACCACCAGUGGGUGUUCAACAAGACUGGACUGCCCGUGGUGGACGUGGUGGUGGACCCACACCUCACCGCUCACCUCCGACCCCACCAGAGAGAGGGCGUGGUCUUCCUCUAUGAGUGCAUCCUGGGAAUGAGGGCGGCGAGCCGGCAGGGGGCCAUCCUGGCGGACGAGAUGGGCCUGGGGAAGACCCUGCAGUGCAUCGCGCUGGUGUGGACGCUGCUGAGGCAGGGGCCCUACGGCGGCCGGCCGGCGGCGCGGCGCGUGCUGGUGGUCACCCCCGGCAGCCUGGUGAAGAACUGGGCCGCAGAGUUCCAGAAGUGGCUGGGCAGGGAGCGAAUCAACGUCUUCACCGUGGAUCAGGACCACAAGGUGGAGGACUUUGUGGCGUCGCCCCUGUACAGUGUGCUGGUCAUCAGCUACGAGAUGCUGCUGCGCUCGGUGGAACAAGUGGCCCGGGUGGAGUUCAGCCUGCUCAUCUGUGACGAGGGCCACCGGCUCAAGAACAGCGGCAUCAAGACCUCCUCCGCCCUCAGUGGCCUGGCCUGCCAGCGCAGGGUCAUCCUCACGGGCACUCCGGUCCAGAAUGACCUGCAGGAGUUCUACUCCAUCAUCGAGUUUGUGAACCCUGGAGUGCUGGGCUCUUCUUCUGCCUACAGAAAAGUGUACGAGGAGCCUAUUCUCCGGUCCCGCCAGCCCACCGCCACGCAGGAGGAGAAGGAGCUGGGCGAGGAGCGGGCCGCCGAGCUCGGCCGGCUGACGGGCGCCUUCACCCUGCGCCGGACGCAGGAGAUCAUCAACCGCUACCUGCCGCCCAAGCUGGAGUGGAUCGUCUUCUGCCGGCCGGCCGCGCUGCAGCUGGAGCUGUACCGCCGGCUCCUCUCGCACCGCGUGGUGCGCGCCUGCCUGCAGGGGGCGCUGGAGAACAGCCCGCACCUCGUCUGCAUCGGUGCCCUCAAGAAGCUCUGCAAUCACCCCGGCCUGCUCUUCGCCACCGUCCAGGAGAAGGGGCCCGUUGGUACAGACAGCAGUGGGGUGGAGAGCGCACUAUUUGAGGGUCUGGGGGAGCUCUUCCCUGAAGCCUACUCCACCGGGGGCAUCAACACCGCCGACUCAGGCAAGCUCCUGGUGCUCACCGACCUGCUGGCCGCCAUACGCCAGAUCAGCCCGUCCGACAGGGUGGUGCUGGUGUCCAACUACACCCAGACCCUGGACCUCCUGCAGGAUCUGUGCUCCCACCUGGGCUACAGCAGCUGCCGGCUGGACGGGCAGACGCCCGUCUCCCAGCGGCAGAAGCUGGUGGACUGCUUCAACGGCAGGUACUCCUCGGACUUCGUCUUCCUGCUCAGCUCCAAGGCCGGGGGUGUGGGGCUCAAUUUGGUGGGUGCGUCCCACCUCGUCCUGUACGACAUCGACUGGAACCCAGCCAACGACAUCCAGGCGAUGGCCCGGGUGUGGAGAGAUGGACAGAGGAAGACCGUUCACAUCUACCGCUUCCUGACCACAGGCACGAUAGAGGAGAAGAUCUACCAAAGGCAGAUCAGCAAGCAAGGCCUGUCGGGGGCGGUGGUGGACCUGUCCAAGCGGGCCGAGCACAUCAGCUUCUCGGCCGAGGAUCUGCGGAACCUCUUCACGCUGCACGAGGGCUCGAACUGCGUCACCCACCAGCUGCUGGGCUGCGGCUGCGACGGCGACGGCAGCAGGCCAGGUAAGGUGGAAGAAGCGAGACCCACAGAACAGAGGCCCUGUCAGCUGGGUCGCCGUAGCGACAGGCCUGGCUCCCAGAAGCACCUCUCCAUGUCAGAGCUGAUGCAGUGGAGGCAUUACUCGGGCGGAGUCCCCUCCUUCUCCGACCCCUACCUGGACAGAGCUCGGAACCACAUCACAUUCGCCUUCCAGAGCACAACCACUGAGGCCCAGACCCCUUCUACGCUUAGCCCCGCCUCUCUCUAA